UUGCUAGUUUUAAAUACAGAAAAGUGUCUUUAAAAGCAUUCGCAAAGGUUCUGUAUCAGUCCUAAAUUUAUCCACAGAAAAGAGUCAUUGUUAACAAAAAUGAGGAUGGUUUAGGAGACUUCAGAUCCCUACAGCUUAUUAGAGAGAAAAUACAGAGUUUUGAUAUCUUUGCUGAGGCACCACUUGGGUUUAAUCACUGCAGUCUAAUUAAAUCAUUGAAGCCCUAGCAUGUCUUUGAAAUGAGAAUAAAAUAAUUAUUUCCCAUAGUAAAGAAAGAUAUGGUUCUCAAACCCACAAAUGAAUGUGUAAAUAGUGCUCAGUCCCCUUGAAUUCAGCAGUGCUGAGAGCUUCCCUAAAAUUCCUUGUGCCUAUAUAGAUGAGGCCUCAGCCUGAGAUAUUUUGUUCCAAUCUGCAGGAAAAAGUCUGGAAGUUUCAAACUAGUGAACUGAUAGAACCUGAUUUGGUUAAGCUUAAACUCUAAAAAUAACAGACUCUAAAAAUAACAGUCUCUAAAAAGGUAAAACAUUAUAUUUUCACAUUUUUUCUCCUCAGAAUUUCUUGUUUCUUGUUAAAAUGUGAGCAGGAAAAUGGUAUGCUUUUAAAUUUAUAACCUAGAUCUGACAAUGCUGACAUGAGCAGAAAUUCCUCUUGCCUUCCAGGUUUGCUGUUUGAGUUCAGCUCUCAAACUGAUACAUUACUCUAAUGUAGAUACCAAAUUAACCCAGAUGGUACAGUUCAGAGGUCUUAAAAGUUUCUAAAACUGGAUAUUUUUGAAAAAAGUAUAUUAUUUCAGUAUUUACAGGUAUAAUUGGAGCAUUACUUUGCAGUGAAGCAGAGGAAGCUUCAAAAUGAGACAGAGGGGGGCUGGAGGGAUGGGGAGCUGUGAGCUCUCAGGCUUAGGCAGGAUGAGCAUUCCUGCUCAAGGAGACUCUGCAGGAAGGGGUGGGUGUAAUCCACACCCUCUCGCUGUCGGAAUUACAGACCCAUUCACUCAUUUGAGUUCAGCAGCAUUUGAGCGUUACUGAAGGACUGGGAGAAAGCACUAAUAACAAAGCAAAUAUAAACCUAAGAAGUAGACUUGUUUUCCUAAGUCUGACCUUAGGUCAGGAGGAGAUGAGAAAUAAUAAGAUGCACCAGAGCCAGUGGGCUGGGAAGUUUCAAGACUUCAGUUCGAUAAACUGCGAAGCGUGGAUGCGUCGGGGGAUGCUGGAGGCGUCUCGUUUUUGAGUUCCCUGCGGACGAGCGCAGGGAUCGAGCGUUCCUACAGCUCGCACGGUCGCGUUUCUAAGCCGGACGCCUGUCAGGACGGUGUCCCGGUGCCGGAGGCGGGGGCUCGGCGGUUCCGCACGCCCGAAGGGGCGGAGCAGCCCGCACGGCGGUGUUGCCACCCGGAGCGGGGGGUGCUCUCGCCGUGUGUGUGACCGGCGGAAGCAGUUCCCGCCCGUCCGGGUGGGUGGCGGCGCGGCGAUGCCGCUGGUGGUGCUGUGCGGGCGGCCCGGCAGCGGCAAGAGCCGGCGGGCGGCGGAGCUGCGGGCGGCGCUGGGCGGCCCCGAGCGCGCCGCGCACGUCGUGUCCGAGGCGGAGGGCGGGCGGGCGGCGCUGCGGGCCGAGGUGGAGCGGCGGCUGAGCCGGCGGGACGUGGUGAUCGUGGACGCGGGCAACGAGCUGCGGAGCAUCCGCUACGAGCUGUACUGCGCGGCGCGGCAGGCGGGCACGGCCCGCUGCCUCCUGCACUGCGCCGGCGGCGGGGGCGGCCCCGACGAGCCGCCCUUCGAGGAGCCCGACCCGGCGUGCCGCUGGGACCGGCCGCUGUUCACGGUGAGCGGGGAGGAGCCGCUGCCGCUGGGCGACAUCCGCGCCGCGCUGUUCGAGAGCGCCCCGCCGCCCCCGCACCGCUCCACCCGCGCCCAGCCCCUGCAGUCCGGGGAGUUCCUGCACCGCCUGGACCGCGUCACGCAGGACGUGCUGGCCGCGGUGAUGGCCGCGCAGAGCGGCGGGGCGCUGCCCGGAGACACGGUCCGCGUCCCCGGCCUGGCCGAGGGGCUGGUGCUGAGCCGGCCCGUGAGCCUGGCCGAGCUGAGCCGGCUGCGCAGGCAGUUCAUCAGCUACACCAAGAUGCAGCCCAGCGAUGAGAACAUGUCCCAGCUGGCCAGCAUGUUCCUGCAGUACCUGAGCCGCAGCAUCCAGUGAACCGGUGGCAGCGGCCGUGGUCGUCGAAGUACUUGCGACAGUAAGAACACACCUUCCAGAAGAGCCUGGAUCCCCACCCGUCGUGUUUCGGAUAGUUGGCAGGAGCAGUUCUGGGUGCCGCAUCCCUGCAGCAGCCGAGCAGACUAUUUCUGAGACAAUCUGUAGGGGUGCAUUUCCCCACACCCCUGAAUUCUCCCCAUCAGGAAGGAGAGCAACUGUUGCAUCCCCAAGCAAGUGAAGUCUCCUGUGGAGACAUAAACCUCAGUAAUAAAGUAGUGUGUGAAUAUGAAAGCCCAAAAGGUGAUGACUGUGUCUUCAAUAAGAAGAUUGGUUUUCCAGGGCUGCCUCCAGAUAACGUCAAACGGCAGAAGAGACUUCAGGUCCAGAAUUAGAACAGGCUGUGUUUUAGGAUGUGACUGUUUCAAAAAAUCUGACUGAACCCGAGGGAGAUUUGCAGCUCUGCACUGCAAAAGGAUGCAGGCUUAGCAAACUCAAACAGGUUUAUCAAUAAAAUGUGUGCCUUAAAUGGACUAAACAAUUAAUCUGCAGGACUAUUUUAUUGAAAUAACUUGCCAUGUCUUUUCUCUGCAAGGUCAUCAUUAAACACCUUUAAAAACACUAAUUGUUUAAGAAUGAGUGCUCUCAUAGGAAAAACAAGCUAAAAUUGCAGUGUCUGUUCUUGCUGAAACUCGUAGGUCCAUACCCGAUGGGAUGGUAGCUUAGUUUUGCAUUUAGUUUCCAAUAAUUGGGGGUUUGCUAUAACACAGGUACAGUUUGUAUAAACUUCUCACUUUCUGGUGGAUGCUUCACCCCUCAUUCUCAUAAAUUGUUGUUUUAGUUUUAAUUGUAUGUAUAGUGCUCCCUGAGAGGGAAUAGUCCAAUCUGUCACACCGACUGCUGGGGGAUUUAUGCAUUGCAAAACUGAGAAAUGACUACAAAAAUGUUUUGAUGUAAAUAAGUUUGUCUUACCAGUCAAAGGAGAGAGAAUAAAGCUGAGAAAACACAUUCAUUAUUUCAAACCUCUGUGAGUUCUCACUAAGAAUUGGUAUUGCAAGGCUGUGAGCACUUAUAUUUAAAAUCUGCUUUGAAAAUCUCUCUUAAAAAAAAAAAAAAAAAUUUUGCAGUACUGAUUGCCAGAUGAUUGAACUCUUUCGACGUGAACCACUGGUCCUUGAUAAGAACAGUGUGUAUUUUCCGGACGUAAAUUGGCCUCUCCUCAGGAAAGAGGUGAAACAAUUUGCGACUCUGUAGAAACAAUGAAGAAAAAUGUGGUUUUUCAUCUUCAGGGAGAGGACACUGGAUGCAAUGCAAGCUCUACUAGGGCAAUGUGUAUUCUUGGUCCUUAGUGCAAACAGAGCCCAGUGUGAAGGUGAUGACAUAUUGGUUAAUUAUAAAGGGCCAACUUCUCUUUGAAUGACUCUAAAUGUUAAUGGCUUCCUCUCCACCCUUUCCUGGUUCUAAAGAUCAUAACUGAACGCUGCUGAGUAGAGAUUUCCUUUCGUAUCUAUUUACAGCUAAAGGGUUGCUGGGUUUGAUGGUUGCUCAGUGGGGGUCUUGGUCACAGGAGGUGACUGAAACAUGUGGGCUGUAAUGGGGAGGAGAAUGGAUGGGUGGCUGUCAUCCACUGCAUUGCCAUAAGCAGCCACAAAAAUCCAUCCUGAGAUCUCUCAAGCAGCUGGUGUCACUAACACCAUUUCCAGUAAUCCAGUAAAAAAAACCCCAUGAGCAGUUGUGUAUCUGAGGAACCUAAACUAAUAAGAGCAAGUCUUCCAAAGACAAUCUUCUCUAUGUGAGCAGUUACAAUAAAGUGUUAUAUGACAUGUU